AUGCAGAUGGUUACCCUAUCACCCCUCGAGAGAUUCUUAGCGCAUUUAUGAACCAAACACCCUGUAUAUACCAAAUACAUAUAUACAAAGGAAAUCCCCGUCUGAUCAACACAACAAACGAUGACGAUCGCGAUAGAAUCUGCUGCAGUAGUGCAGUCCGUCUCAGAACUUCGUGUAGCUUUGAACUUGUAGCUCUUGAGUGUAGCUAUUGCCACUUGUUCGUCGAUAGCUAGUCGCUAUCAGUGGAAGACAGUCAUGAUUCGGCUGAUUUGGACCAUCAUAUUAACGUUGGCCGCAGUGGGACCGGUUCUGCUAGUUCAAGCUGGCUUCCCAAAAGAUUGUGGCCAGCGGAAGCGUAAGAUCGCCCAGCUGAUCGUCGGAGGAAAGGAAGCCCAGGUAGGAAAUUGGCCUUGGCACACAGCUAUCUUUCAUCGGGAGGGGCUGACCUUCGAGUACAAGUGUGGCGGGACGAUUCUGGAUAAGAACACCAUUCUGACAGCCGGACACUGCGUUCGUCUACCGACCGGUAUCAUCGCCAGUGAACGACUUUCGGUCCAGGUUGGACGAAAUCGGCUCCGCGUAGCGGACGAACGUUCUCAAGAACAUGAAGCGGAUCGGAUCUUGGUUCAUCGAAGCUUUCAGAGUGGUGCCGUGGAACAUGACAUUGCGCUGAUCAAGCUGGCAACCGAUAUCAAGUUUACGGACUAUAUUCAGCCGGUCUGUCUGUGGGAUAAGGGAGAUGAUCGGUUGUUGAUUCGCGAUCGGGAAGGGACUAUCGUUGGAUUUGGAGCAACGGGAACCUUAAGCUUUUCGGAGAUUUUGAACGAAGCUCAACUGCCGGUGGUGGACAAUCAGGUCUGUAUUGAUAGUAAUCGGGAGGUUUUCGGUUUAUCGCUGACCAGCAAUAUGUACUGCGCGGGAAGACGCGAUGGAGUGAAUGCCUGUAACGGAGAUAGUGGUGGUGGGAUGUUCUUCCUGUUCGGUGAUCGAUGGUUCGUUAGAGGGAUCAUAUCGUUUUCACCGACGAUCGAAAAUAGCGGGCGAUGUGACCCCUUCGAGUAUGUCGUUUUUACGGACGUUGCUCGAUACGUCGAUUGGAUUGCUCAGCAAUUGAAUGCCUCUUUUGUUGAAGCUCCAGCUCGAUCGGACGUUCACCCGAAGCUGAGGUUACUCAGCCAGGACAUCUGCGGAGUCAACUCGUACCCGUUCGACAAAGAAGAUAACAAACCAAUCUUUCUAACUUAUCCCUGGGUAGGAUUAAUCGAAUACACCCAACAAGGAGUUCGUGAACGAAAAACUCUUUGCCAUGGUAUCCUGAUCAGUGAACGGUACCUGGUAACGGCAGCUCAGUGCGUGUACAACACUAAAAAUUAUAAACCCGUAGCGAUCAGACUAGGCGAAUACGACACCUCUAGCAGUCAGGAUUGUGACCAGUUGGACGGCCAUUCGGUUUGUUCACCGCCGACACAAACCUUGAACAUCGAAACGAUCACCGUACAUCAGCAGUACAACAAACCCCGGUUCGCUAACGAUGUCGCCUUGAUUCGACUCCGCCAACCAGCGGACAUUUCGCCAGACAACGUCAAACCGAUCUGUCUUCCACUGUCCAAGACGCUGCGCAGUUACAAACCAACGACCUUUACCCGGGUCGGUUGGAAGGGUAGCACAAAGCAGCCACGUGUCCAACGGUCCGAGGUUACCGUCGUUGAAUCCGUCGCUUGCCAGCGACUGUACCACGAGAAUCAGAUUCCGCUGGAGAAAACCUUCCGACAGAUCUGCGUUGAACGGGACCCGGCCGCUUCCGGUUGUGUAUUUGACAUUCCGGCUGCUCCGCUGCAAGCCGUCCAAACGGUGGACGGUAGCCCGCGGUACGUUCUGCACGGGUUUCUCUCGUUCGGUCCCAACAAGUGCCAUCUGAGCUAUCCGGAUGUGUACACCAACGUGGGCACCUAUCUGGCAUGGAUUUUGGAUAAUAUUCAGGAGUGAACGGAGAUGGUGAGAUGAAUUGAUUUCUUGCUUUUGCUUUUAUUAAGGACUAUAUACUUUAUCGAUACGAGAUUAUACAUGUAUGUAAGAAACUUAAUACUGAUUAGAACAUAAAUACAGCGCAGUUGAUAGCUUGCUUGAAA